AUGGCGGCUGUGUCACUACCCCGUAAGCUAUGGGAGCAUCCAGACCCCGAGUCGACCACGAUGGGGAGGUUCAAGCGCGAGUUGGAGCAGGAGACGGGCCGCAAGUAUGAUUCCUACCAUGAAAUGUAUCUUUAUUCCACUCAGAAUCGCUUGGCUUUCUGGGACUUCUGCUGGAAGUAUUUCCAGCUCAUCCACGAGGGUUCGUAUACCCAAGUGGUGGACGAGUCGGUGCGGAUGGACGGUGUGCCAGAGUGGUUUUCGGGUAUCAAAUUGAAUUUUGCCGAAAAUAUCCUGUUCUCUCACCGUGCCGGUGAUACCACCGGCAAAGAAGACGAGAAGACCGCCGUCACUGAAGUCAGAGAAGGAGCCCUGACGAACGUGGUCCAUCUCACCUGGGGCCAGUUGAGACGAAAGACCGGUGCUUUAGUGCAGGCGAUGAAGGCUGGCGGUGUCGUUCGAGGCGACCGUAUUGCCGUCUGCUCUGCAAACAGCAUCGAUACAUUGCUGGUGUUUUUGGCGUCAACGGCACUGGGCGCCAUCUUCUCGUCCAGCUCCACGGAUAUGGGUGUCAAGGGAGUCUUGGACCGCCUCUUGCAGAUCAAGCCCCGCUGGCUGUUUAUGGAUGACUUCGCAGUCUACAAUGGCAAGAAAAUUGACCUUCGCGACAAAAUGAAGGACAUCAUGGAGGGGAUGAAGUCAAUCUCCGCGUUCCAGGGUAUCAUUUCGCAACCUCGAUUCGCUUCCCCCGCAGAUGUCAGCAGAAUUCCCAAGUCUUUGACUCUUUCUGAUUUCCUUUCCAAAGCAAGAGGGAAUGAUCGUCUGGAAUUUGUGAGGGUUGGAUUUCGCGAUCCUUUCCUAGUCGUUUACUCAUCAGGAACAACUGGACAGCCCAAAUGCAUUGUGCAUUCCGUCGGAGGCGUCCUUCUCAAUGCCCACAAGGAAGGAGGCCUGCAUGCGGAGCAUGGACGGGAUUCUGUGGCCCUGCAGUAUACAACUACGGGGUGGAUCAUGUAUCUAUCUGCCAUGCAGACCCUGCUUCUCGGAUCACGAGUGGUGCUCUACGACGGCAGCCCAUUUGUACCUGAUGUUACUGCAUUGCUUACUCUUGCCGCCCAGGAGAAGGUAACCCACUUGGGAAUUUCCCCGCGAUGGAUGCAUGAGCUACAGAGAGCCAAGGUCCGUCCUCGACAGAUGUUUGACCUUAGUUCUCUUCGUGUGGUCACCAGCACCGGCAUGGUUUUACGGAAUGCACUGUUUGAAUGGUUCUACGAUGAGGGCUUCCCGUCCCACACUCGCUUGAACAAUAUCUCGGGAGGCACUGACAUCGCAGGCUGCUUCGGUAUAGGCAACCCCUUGGUGCCUGUUUACGUGGGUGGAUGUGCGGGGUGUAGCUUGGGGAUAGCAGUCGAGGUCUACGAUUCCACCGUCGAAGGAGGAGCGGGCGUCCGAGGUGUCCCCGUGGCAGAGGGCGUGUCGGGGGAACUGGUGGCCACUGCAGCUUUCCCUAAUAUGCCCACAAUGUUCUGGGGUGAUGAGGACGGUCAGAAGUACCACGAUGCGUACUUUGGUCGAUUUGAUAACGUCUGGACCCACGGAGACUUUGUCUCCAUCCAUCCCAUCACCAAGCAGCUCAUGUUCCACGGGCGUGCUGACGGGGUGCUCAACCCCUCCGGCGUCCGGUUUGGAUCUGCCGAGAUUUACCGCGUGAUUGAGGGCCUAUUCUCGCAGGAGAUCGCCGAUUCGAUCUGUGUCGGCCAGAGACGGCCGACCGAUACCGACGAGCGAGUCAUGCUCUUCGUACUGAUGAAGCCUGGGGUGAGCUUCACCGCUGAUUUGGUCCAUCGGAUCAGGACCGCCAUCCGGUCGGAAUUGAGUGCUCGCCACGUGCCAAUGUUUAUAUACGAAACUCCGGAAAUCCCGACCACGGUCAACCUCAAGAAAGUGGAGCUUCCUGUGAAGCAGAUUGUGUCCGGCAAGCGAAUUAAACCGUCGGGGACCCUGCUCAACCCAGAGAGCUUGGAAUACUACUACCGAUUCGCCGAGGUGGAGAAGCUACGCGAAAGCAAGCUUUGA